AUGUCUUCAUUACAACAACCCAUACCCCCAAACUCAACACUUGCGACAACGGCGAGCUCCAACCAAAGUGGCUCUAAUGAUUUUGUCAAGAAAUUGUUUCUAAUGCUACAAGAAGAUAGCUAUAAAGAAGUUGUACGAUGGACUGUCAAAGGUGAUAGUUUUGUGGUGAUUAACACCAACGAGUUUACCAAAGAUAUACUACCAAAACAUUUCAAGCACUCAAACUUUGCCAGUUUUGUACGUCAGUUGAACAAGUAUGAUUUCCAUAAAGUAAAGAUCUCAAACGAAGCAAAGGCUAGCUACCCGUAUGGAGAAGAUGCUUGGGAGUUCAAACACCCUGAAUUUAGGAUAAACGACGCCGAGGCAUUGGAAAAUAUUAAAAGGAAAGGACCAACAGCGAAAAAGUCUGCUUCAAAUGUUACAAUCAAGACAGAAGCAAACAAUAAUGGAACACAGCCUACAUGCAAUCACAAUUACUCCCAGCUUGUUUCCGCUACAAAUCAUUUAAAGGAGCAAGUUGAAAGUCUAAAGAACGAUAAACAUAGCUUGUAUCAAGAGAUCAGUGUGUUGGAAAGAAAAUACAAGACGGUGGUUGAAAAUAUUGUUGCAAUAAAUACAUUCAACGAAAGGUAUUACCGUUCAAUGAACGUAUUGAUAAAUUCUAUAGUGCAAAAUGGAAUGAAGUUGCCUCCAUUGGAUUUCCCGCCUCCAGUGCAACUAGGUCCUGAUUCUGGGAUAGGUAGUAAUUUAGGUCCAAUAUCAUCAGAUACAGCAUUACCUAGCAUAUCUCAUCAUCUUCUGUCACCUUUGCCACAUCAUCAACAAUUAUUGAAUCGAACCAUACGUCCAAUAUCGAGUCCUAUUGACGGAAUACCUUUGGUCAAGCUUCAACAACAGUCACUUGGACAGAAUCUUCAGGCACCGAUUGGAACACCAUCAGCAGUCCCUUUCUCUGAAGAAGCAUCUUCAAGUAUUCAAGCCGCGACCCCAGCACCAUUGGCGCAACCAGUUGCUCAACCGAUCAACCAGCCGCCGCCGCCACCACCACCACCAGCAACACAGCAGCAACCACUACCACCACCGCCGCCACCAGCAACAGCUACAUCCCAAAUUCCUAGUGCACCUCCACCUCCGACACAACAACAAGUGGGGACAAGUUCUUCGAGUGUUCCUACGAUAUCACCGAAAUCUCAAGGGAUCGUUGUUAGCAAUUCUGCAUCACCUACCACAUCAGCUCAGAUCAGUACAACUAGUGUACCCAAUCCAAAGUUUCAUGUUUUACUAGUGGAAGAUGAUAAUGUUUGUAUUCAAUUGUGUCGCAAAUUCCUUGUAAAGUAUGGAUGUCUGGUUACUGUUGUGACCGAUGGUUUGAACGCUAUAUCGACAGUUGAGCACACGAAAUAUGAUUUGGUUUUAAUGGAUAUUGUUAUGCCAAACCUAGACGGGGCAACGGCCACAAGUGUGAUUCGUUCUUUCGAUACAAAAACCCCAAUCAUUGCCAUGACAGGAAACAUUGAGGAUAACGAUUUGGUGACAUAUUUGCAGAAUGGUAUGUCGGAUAUUUUGGCCAAGCCAUUUACAAAAGAUGAUUUAUAUGCAAUAUUGUCGAAGCAUUUAUUAGAUCCUAAAGAAAAUAAGCAAGAUAAUGAACCUACGGUAAAGAAACAGAAAUUGAGUUAA